AUGGCGCAGAUGCGCCGACGUGAAGGAUUACAAUAUGGUAGGGAUCAGAUUAGGAGGGAGAUGCUGUCGCGUGUACAUAGGGCAGAUGUCUUCUUCCUCUUCGUCGUUCUCUUAACUUCCUCCUCUUUCUCCGCUGUUGCAAGCUCACUGCGUCUUCCACUAUCUUUACCGCCGACGACGACUCCAAACCUCCCCACUGUAUCUGUUACUCACUUUUUCCUCGCGCCAUCAACUCCUUCUCCUCUCCAAUUGGCCAUGGUGGUUUUGAACCCAGGCCCUCUCUUCCUCUGCUUUUCUGUUCGAGGCUUGGAGCAGAUUGCCAUCGGGUCUCCACUCGCCGUUGUCUCGCUGCUCGCUGUCUGCCUCUCCGUCAAAGCUAUAGGCAUUGCCUUGUCAGAGAGGAAAGCUCGUUAUUCUUAUGCUUCUCUCUGGGUUCUAUUGUCAAGUCUUGCAUUUGUUGUUGUUUGCAUUCUUGCUUUUAGGCCUAUGGUGUUAUGGAUGAUACAUAAAACCCCAGAGGAACAACCCUUCAGUGAAACACAGAUAUGCAUUGUGCCUACUGGUGUUAUGAUAUCUGCUUUUAUCACUAAUGCACUUAGGACACAUGCUGUGUUUGGUGUAUUUGUCUAUGGUUUGGUUAUUCCAAAUGGACCACUUGCUGCUGCUAUCAUUGAGAAGCUUGAGGACUUUGUUUGUGGCCUUCUGCUACCUCUCUUCUUUGCUAUCAAUGGCCUCAAGACUAAUCUCACCUUGAUCAAGGAGCCACUAGAUGGGGAUUUGUGA